GAAGGAUUAUAAGUGCAGACAUAAUUAAAUGUAUAGGAGUGCAUCGAUUUUUUUCUUUUUCUCUCUUUUCGGACCAAGGAUGAAAAUUAAAAGCUCCAUCAAUUUAUAUUUACCUGUGCGGACAUCUAAUGCUUUUGACAUACAAGUAAAUGAAUGCCGUUAAUGUGUUCGUCUGUGAAUUAACAUAGUUGUACUUUCUUUUUUUCUCUUUUCCAGGCUUUCCUGCGUUUUAUAUGGCCAGAGUAUGAACCUUAUAGUGCUAUUUAGACAAGACAUUUGGAUUAAGUGCCGAAUCAACUAAUAUUUAUUGUAUAUAAAAGCUUUUUAACCAUCCAUUAGUUGAUAAAGUGACAUGUUAAUUGUGCAUAUUACCAAGGAUGAAGUAGCGGUGUUUUUAUUGUAAAAGUUUAAUAGCAUGGUUCGAGAUGCUACAGUGAUAUAAUAACCUUUAAACCACGGGAGGGAUUUGACAAGUAUGGAUUGGUGCAUAGGCUGAGGUUGGAACUAAUUGCCGGUCGGGACAUAUUCCAAAAGACAUCGAUCAGGGGCCAAUAAUUAAACACAACUUCAUCAUCAGAACAGUAAACUGUGAAUUGAAUUGGAAGCUUUUUAGGAAUAAAAAUUUUGCUCACAAAAACACAAUUGCCUGUAUUGUUAAAGAAGCCGAGAUUGUAUCGGAAAAUAGCAAAGAUAAGUAUCGCACCAGAUUCAAGUAUUUAAUGACGACAUAAAAGCGGCCAUACAAUCAAUAGAAGUCUCCGUUUUUACUUUUGUCAUUCUUUUCGUCGGACAAUGGACAAUUAUGCACCAAACCUCACGGAACAUCGUCCCGAACAAACCUCAUGUCGUCAUCGUCUUUGAAGUCAUAAGGACUAUCUGCUUCAAAGGGAAAUGAUCUUCUUUGGCGACCAGAGGUAACUCUUGUCAAGAGUGAGGGCAAAAUAAAAUUAUUCCUUGUACUUACUUUGGGGAUAAUUAAUGCUAUCCUAGGUAAGGUGUUCUUUUUUAUAUGUUCAAUCGGUUCAGCAUUGACUUAGAAAUUUGAAUGCAUAUUAUUCAAUAAUUUGUUAUGACUAUAAAGAAAUAUAAUUGUGAGGCAUACAGCUACUCUAGUGGAACAUAUUUUGAAAAACUAGAAUCAAACCACCAACUGAACACAUAUGUGAAACUAUGGAAAUUUCUGUACAUUGAAUUAAGUUAAAUUCAUUAUGACGUCAGCAAAGUUUGAAAUUUCUAAUAACUUCUCGUCCUUCGUUGGAUACGAUCAUACAAAGAAAAUGUUUAACACAUCGUAUGGUAAUAACACCAGUACUCCAGAUGUCGGCAGGGGGUACGAGGAGCUUAUUUUACUAAUAAUGAAUCCUGGACAAUCUUACAUAGUGCCUAUCAACGGGAUUGUGUCUAUUAUUUUUAUCUUAGUAACUAUUGUUACCAAUAUUCUCGUCAUGCUAGUUCUGCCUCGGAAACACAUGCGGUCACCAACUAAUAUCAUACUAGCAGCAAUGGCCCUGGCAGACAUGCUUACGGGAUUGUUUCCUCUACCUAUGUUCUUCUAUUUCUUUACACUUGGAAAUUACGUAGAAUAUCCGCCAUAUAAUUGGUGUUAUGUGUACAAACUAUUUACCGAGUACCUGCCAAUGAUAUUCCACACAGCUUCAAUAUGGCUGACUGUUUUCUUAGCCAUUUUAAGAUACAUUUAUGUCUGCCACACUGAUGUCGCCCGGAAAGUCUGCACUGUUCCUAAUGUCAUUAAAGCCACAGUUGGUAUAUAUGUUGUAGCAACUUUAACGCAAACAACACGUUUCUUUGAGUCGGAAACUAUUCCAUUCUCGUUGCCGUCAAGAAGAUCUCCAAACAAAACAAUUACAACUUGUCUGUUUCCAUACAGACCCUUUGUGGAACAGGACAUUAACUUGUACUUUAAUCUUAUUUAUGGAUUUAGAGUCAUUUUUAUCCAUUUCAUUCCAUGCUCCCUUCUGUUAAUUUUAAAUGCUCUUCUUAUCCGGACAAUGCGUCAAGCCCAGCUUAGACGAAGACUCUUGUUGCGACAAAAUAAGAAAAACGAAUCAAAGAAACUCGCUGAUAGUAACUGCACUACUCUAAUGUUAGUGGCUGUUUUGGGAUUAUUUCUGCUUGUUGAACUGCCUCUUGGCGUUAUUAUGAUAUUGUUCAGCAUACAAAAUACACUUGAAAUACCCAUAUUUGAAACAAGUAACUUUUUACUUAUGACAGCCGUGUCUAACACAGCCAUCUUAGUGUCUUAUCCACUGAACUUUCUGAUUUACUGUGCAAUGAGCCGACAGUUUAGGGAAACCUUCAAAAGAAUAUUUACUUGCAAACCUAUGCCUCUGCAAAGAGAAUGUUCUCAGUACACGGCUGUACCACAAGAAAAUGGGAAAAUACAUCAAGAACACAAUAAAACAAACGUUGUCGAGAUUUCUGAAUACAAAAAGAAUGGAUAAUGAAAAUAAUACCAUCCUGUCCAGAGCGACUGAAGAAUAAAUAUGCCGUGAUAUAAAAAGCAUAGUGAUUGUUCCGAUGGUUAUUUUAAUAUAAUAUUAUUAUUAAGUAUCUUUUUAAUGUACCAUAAAGAUAAUGGUAGAUCUAUUGUCUUUUUGGAAACUACGCUGAAAAAAUGUUAAUGAUAUAAUAUAUUGUUUUUUACACAACAGAAAUUGUUUAUGAUAAAAAAAAAAUCAAAUGUUAACCUUAGUAUAUGGUCUGCUUUGUUUCAUAGUGUUAUAUGUUGUAUAGAAAAAAAAACCCAGAAUCAUUGACAAGUUACUGAUUUAGAAAAUGGAAUUAUCUUUUCAUAAUGGUACUUAUAUCGUAUCUCAUUUUUUUGUAUCUUCCUAAACAGACUGAAAACUUCAAGACAAAUAAAUUGUUUUUUUUUUCCCCAUUUUUUAAUUUUAUUGUAUAAAAGCGACAUUCAAACGUCUAAUAACUUUUCUAAAUAAUUAUCUUGGAAGACAUUGAUAUUCUUAAUGGUCGAGAUGCAUGAUUUUUUAAGCAUUCCCUAGAUUGUAUGCAACAGAGUUAUUGGUCACCCUUUCGUCGACUUAACGUGAAAAUAAUUAGGGUUCAACGCCUGAUAGUAUUGUACUACGGCUAGCAAUCACGUAUUAUUACCAGAUAUAAAUUUGGCGGGCUUUCGUUCGUUUUAAAAGAAGCUAUUCAAUAAGGCACAAAUAAGAUAUCCGGAGAGACUAGAAAAUCAAUUUUGAUGAGGUAUUAACUAUGAAUGGCCCUUCUAAUGAUAAUUAACUAUUAUAUUCAUUCGUAAUUAUUGAAAAUGUUGUAAUCAAGUCCAAAUAUAUUCUUGUUUUUAUGUCCUUCUUGAUGUUAUCUAUUUUAAUUCCGAGCGAAACAAAAAACAAAUAACCAGACAAAUACUGAUCAAUUCAAAAUGUACUCUUUAGCUUGUACCUCAUUUAUUGGCGUUACGGUAAUAAAAAAAAAAUAAAAUGACAUACUUAUCCGAGUUUUGAAGGAGAUUCCAUGUUCUCCUUCAUCAAGUGUCACUCUGCAUCAGAUCGCUGAGUCCCAAUGACCUUUACAUGGCCCAACUAGGAACUGAUUCUCUCUCGAGAUAUUAUAGCAUUAUUAAGAAGAGGGGAAUAUGUUACUGAGGAGGAACUGUCGCCGUUCUAGACACGACGUGUUUAACAGAAUGGAUUCAAUUGCAAUUGCUUGGAAAGUUUCCAUAUCUCUCCAGUAAAAUAUCACUUUUUUAAAGACAAAAAUAGAUCGUUACCCUCUUUCUACUUUCGAAAAAACACACGUACUGUCUGUAAGAAUGAUUCUUAUGUAUGAUCAUACACAUCCAGCUUUCUCUACCUGUAUAUGACAGUACUUUCAUUUUCAAAGUUAUAUUUUAUAGAAUCAACUGAAUUUAAAUAAAUAAAAUAAAUACAAAUUUAUCAGGGAAACUUUAUUAUAUAAUUAGGACAUAAAGAUAAUUUUUAAUCGAUUUUCAUAUAAUUACAUUAGAAAAUAAUGAACGUCCAUUAAAAAAAAAAAAAAA